CCGCCGUUAACCCUCAUUGAAGAAGAAGACAAGACAAUAACGACAUGGAAACGUAUCAAGAGGACAGCUUGAACAUCAUUUUUGGUAAAAAACAAAUCGUUGCUGUCAGAGUUGUGUUGAGCGUCCCUGCGAACGUAAGUGCUGUGCGGACUGCCGUCAUCGUGACGCACGGGACUGGAGGGGACGUCAACCUAAAGCAUUUGGUUUCUCUGGCUCGUGUGCUUGCGUCGAAUGGUCUGCUAUGUCUUCGCUUCACGUGUAAAGGUUUAAACCUGGUUUACAGAGUGAAGGCUUACAAUGCUGUUUUGGAACACUUGAAAUAUCUUAAGAAAUUCACAAUCAGACAAAUAUUCUUUGUUGGACGUUCUCUUGGGGCUCGGGCCGCCUCUGCUCUGGCCAGGCAGCUCAGUGUUCGACCAGAGGAUGCAGUAGCAGGCCUCGUCUGUCUGUCCUUCCCCCUACACCCUCCAGGACAGACCCACGGCCAUCGCCAGCGGAGCGAGGACCUCCGGGGGUUGCCUACGGAGGUGCCUGUGUUGUUUCUGUCUGGCACUGCAGACAACAUGUGUGAGAAGACCCUUCUGGAGGAUGUCGUUAAAGAGAUGAGGUGUCCAACGACUGUUCGCUGGGUUGAAGGAGGCGACCAUGGGCUCAUAGUGAAGGGAAGGACAGAGGAGUCUGUCCAGGAUGAAGUCAACUCACAUGUCUUAUCGUGGGUUUUGCAACGGAUCACAUGACUCUUGAUUCUAAAGUUGUUGUUGCUCCACACAUUCCAUCGUGUGUUAUCAGUGUAAUGUUAUGAAUAUGUUGUGUUUAUAAUAUAGAAGAAAUAUAUACUUUUAUAUAUAUAUUUUAUAAAUGUAUUUUUUGGGCUAAAAGUAUUGACAGAUUUGCAGUGAAGACUACACUGUGCGGGGUGCUUCUCUGAAACUGAGAGUUGCCUUUUAGUGGAGUGUGUUCAGGGAAGCCAAACUUCCCCAAAUAUCAGUGUACAAAAUUAAAUCGGGUUGUAUUUUUGUCACGUUGCGCCGAAUACAACUGUGAAAGUGUCAAAUCCCAAUUGAGAGCAUACCUCAAUGACAGAAUUUAUUUUUAUUUUUUAUUGUUGCACCUCGUUGUGUUGUUGUCCUCUGGUGGCUAGCUAGCCAGCUAGCUAAAAUUGUCCCUUUCCUAAAUUAGCCAUGGAUGGAGAUAAGGAUUUGGACUUGUGGUUUUACUUAAUUCUCCAUACUGGCCAAUGAUUAUAACGGCGAUUCUGAUCCAACCAUUAAUUCAUACAUUGUUUACCUGGCCUGAGAGAAUAGAAGUUCAAUAUGUAGCUAGAUGUAGAAGGCUAAUGUUAACUAGCUAACGUUGGAAGUUAGGCUCGCGAGCAAGCGUUUUAGCCAGGUAGCCACUGAGUGAUAGACCGUUUCAGCAACAUGAGAGGAGGAUGGCAUUGAUGUUUCUCAAGUAUAGUGAGUGUAUGUUUUCUACUCGCACGAACACACACACACACAGAAAUCAGAACCAUGGACAGCCAAAUCAAAUGUAUCUUUCGUUGAUUGGACUAAAUUGUUUUUUGGUUAUCUUUUAGUUGUCUCAGUAUUAGACGGAGCAGAGUUUAACUGUUGGUGCUGGAAUAGAGGAGGCAGCUCCUGUUUUCUUUGCGACUUGCGAUAACUCUCUGUGCUUCUAAAUCAAUAGAUGUUUAGAGGUCCGAAAAUGUCUGAAACAGCUUGAUUGACCAUUGCUGUUAUGUCACGUUACUGUACAUGCAAUAUGCUUUGUGGACGUCUGUAGUGGCUUCCUUUCGUCUUUACCAUAGCCACUGCCCAAGCCUGAAGCGGGGUUGUUUGGUACGCAUACAGUCCACACUCAAGGUUUCCAAACGGC